AUGGAGAUCGAGCUCGCUUAUGGUGAAUCUCGCGGAUACUGGAAACAUUAUUCAUCCGGGAAGUGGUUCAAACAAGCGAAAGCCGUUGGCAAGAUCAACAACGUAAAAGCUACUCUGUUAUUUGAUUCUGGUGCUGAAGUGUCGAUCAUUGACACCACCUUUGCUCGUGAGGUCGGUUGCAAUAUUGACGAAAGUCAACGACAAGAAUGUAUCGGGAUUAUGGACACUCCGUACAUGACGGUAGGACGUACCAAGAUCAAGGUGACCCUCGCGGGAUCGCUGGUAUACUAUUUCAAUGUAUGGGUAGGCGAUCUGGCAGGGCAAGAAGCGAUUCUGGGUAUGGAUUUUAUGGUGCCUGCUGGAGUGCGGCUCGAUCUAGCGGAUGGCGCGCUAUGUCUACCAGAAGAAAUCCGCAUUCAUCUCGCAGGACGUCGCCCCGCGUACGGAUCGAAGAUACAACAUAUUGUUGAAAAGACAGCGGCUGUGAAGAAGACACCUCGUCAAGCUGCGUCAAGUGUUGAAGCAAGUGGAAGACCAAGCUUCGCUAUACCGGUGGGUACCGGUAUGUACCAGUAA